CUUUAUCCAUGUCUGGAUUGUGAAGUCUAGGAGGUAUGAUGUAAAACAGGAAAUACAAGUAAAUUAACAUGAACCUGCAGUCAGGACUGCCUGCUUAUUGUUCAUUGGCCGAAGAAACAAAAUAUGCACAGGUAAAGAGGCGUGGGUCAAAGAAUGUGCACUGACAGCAAUGAGACUAAGCUUGUUUUCUCACUCGACAGGAUUCAGUGACACUAACCCGAAUACUAAUGGAGUUCUUAUAUCAGCGCAUUCAACAUCAAGACAACUGCAAUUGCUCACGCUGGUCGCUUAUUGGGUUGCUUUGAAGCACAUGCUGAGGCAGAACAGAUCUUCAGAAAGAAUGAUGGCCAUUCUUCAGUCAACAAGGUCAAGCGAGAGUUUUUGCCAUGAUGAGAGCCUGCAUUACCUCAUCCUGUUGUGCUCUAAAGUGAUUCUCAACGCGCUCGUUUUGUGUUUCUGGAGGUGCAGUAUAUACAAGUCAUUCCUCGGGAUCUGCAGCAUCUCUAUUCAAGUCGUCGAUGUGCUGCUUGUUGGCGCUGUCUUCUACAUAUGGUUGUUCAAAGAAGCCACAGCCACCUCGAUGUGCUUCAUCCUGGCACACAGCUCAAACGUCUACACCCUUCUGCCUCUACCCAUCCUCAUCGCGGGCGCAUUCGACUACGCUACGUACCCAAACGCUGGGUACAGAUCUCAGUGCAGGGCUGUUAGUCGCUGUGUAGCGGUUGUGCUUUUGUGGACGUCAGCCUGUCUAUGCUCCUAUCUCUACACAGACACACAACCCAAAGAGUUUUACAUAGACAUAGAUGUGAAGGCCCUAGCUUGCCCUGUGCAUGGAUCUACGGUCACGUUUUACUUUUGCACAGAGUUAGUUUUCAUCGUGGGCGUCGUACUUCUGCUAUAUUUUAAGGAAUUGAUUGGCUGGCUAAGAAGGGCAAAAAUGAUAUCCGAGCAGAGACCGUCUGCUUUUAUUCUCGAGAAAGAAUUCUCCUACAGUCAGGUUGAGGAAAGUGGAAAUGAUGAAAACCGCCCUCCUGUCUUUGUCAGUUUAACUCUAUGUUUUGCCCUGAGCUGGAUGCCGUACCUGUUUGUAUUGGAGUCAUUUGAACUGAUGGGUUUUGUGUUGCCAGCGUAUGCCAGUGUUAAUCUCCUGUGGAUGGCCUGUGCCAACAGUGCACUAGCUGGCUUUGCUCUCUGGCAUCACAGCGGCAGUGAUGAACCUUUCCGACCUUUCCCAGAUGACAGUUGUGCGUGGAGCGUGUUUUGGCAUUUGAGCAAAGGACGAGCGCAUGUUAACACAGUUCAUCUGUCAGAUGAACCGUACGUAAUUGUGCACAAGUCAACACCGCCUUUUCAAAACAUCUAAAGAUCGAAAGUUAUAGCUCAAAACAUAUUGGACUGACAUGGACAGUAUUUUUGUGACUUCUUGGGGACUAUUUUCACAAAAUUUGUGUGCGUUAAGAAAUUGUUUUUUUUGUACUUGGUAUAUUGUGCUGCAUGAACAGUUGAUGCAGAUAAAGCUCGUUGUCAUGCAGGUAAGUGCAACAAGAUGUUUGCAUGUAAGGGCGGAAACACAAGCAAUCUGUCAAAGCAUCUUUUAAAAGUGCAUUACGUGCAGACAGAAACUGUGUCCCAAUUCAAGGGCUGCAACCUUCUAAGCAUGCGACCUUAAAAGGUGAGCACUCGGUCUUUCAAGGUGGCAGCCUCAGAAGUCCGCAAAGAGAACUGAAAUGGGACGGUCUAACCCUCGGAGGACCCAUAUUUUGCGUCACCUGCUACACGCGCCCACCGCGCCUGUCAGGCAUGUAUGCUAAAACCGUGUUGAAUCAACGUUGUUCACGUCAUUUAAAAAACUCACUAAUUGGUUUGCUUACCUUACGUUGAAAUUCUGUUGAUUUCUUUUGGGAGAAAUUACGUUAUGCAUUUAACACAUUUUCUACUUUUUUUUAAUCCCAAAUAAAGAAAAAUUGGUACGUAAACAUUUAUUUGGCUAAAUCCACAGCACUUCAAGUUAGUUUACAAAAUAGCCUACAUAUAAAUCUUAUUUAGAGUAUUUUUUCUGCAGCUUUACGCUGGUGCAUUAACAAAUAUAUGUAUAUUAUUUAGAAAUGAUAUCCAGAAAUUAAUUUGUAAUAAUGAAAUGCAGACACAUAAUUAACUUAAUCAUGUGAACAUAGGUUCAUGAUCAAAUGUUAACAUUGGCCAAAGUACCGAUAGGUAUACCGUUAAAGUACCUGCCCGUUAAAGGAACAGUAUGUAAGAAAUUAAUCAUAAAAAGGCCCUGAUAUGUCACUAGACAGUAAGAAAUUAUUUUCAUUUCAAAUACUUAUAUCACUGACAACAGUGAUCUGGCCUGAAUAUUGUCAUUUAAAAAGUGGAGUUGCAGCCCUCAACUGAUGUUUAUGUUGUCAUGUUGUGUAUUGGCCACCAGUUGUGUAAUUGCAGUACCAGUUUUUGCCACAAGUUUUGUGAUUGCAAUACCAGUUUUGGCCACAAUCCUACAUACUGUUCCUUUAAGCAGUAUCAGUAAGAGUAGUAAUACCGUUAAAAACUUAACGAUACCCAUCCCUAGUUAUAGUAUAGAUGCAGUAGUUAUAGUAUAGAUGUAUAGAUGCAGUAGUUAUAGUAUAGAUGUAUAGAUGCAGUAGUUAUAGUAUAGAUGUAUAGAUGCAGUAGUUAUAGUAUAGAUGUAUAGAUGCAGUAGUUAUAGUAUAGAUGUAUAGAUGCAGUAGUUAUAGUAUAGAUGUAUAGAUGCAGUAGUUAUAGUAUAGAUGUAUAGAUGCAGUAGUUAUAGUAUAGAUGUAUAGAUGCAGUAGUUAUAGUAAACAUUUUCAGAGUUCAACACUUGCAGAGCAGGACUAUUUACUUGUACUAAAUAAUUGGUUAAUAUAAAUAUGUUGUGUGACAGGUGAAGAUAAGAAGUCACUGUACCGUCACUCACAAGGAGAUGUUGUGUCCUUAGCAAUAAAAUCAUUAUUCAAAACACUGAUAAAAAUGAAAACGCUGUCAUUCUGACAGAUUAAGUAAGUGAUUCAUAUCAGCAUGUAAAUUCUCAUCUUCCCUCACUUCAGUGUUGUGUUUCCCAGGCCUGAUCCUGGACCUGUCUGCAGAACUAUGAAGUUUCAUCUCUAUUCUUCAUUAACAUAAUACUUUUAUUAUUCUGUCAUUAUGUACAACUAGAAUAUAUUAUUAUUACAAAUGGCAUAUCUAUGACGACUGUUUCUAUUACUAUGUGCUCAACUUCACAGUAUUUUAUUUGUUUGGGAAACAAUUUCCAUAUUUCUGUGCUUGCACACUUAACUUAAACAUAAUAAAUGGUCUAUUUAAAUCUUGACCUGUGCCUCUCCUCUGUGUGUAUGUUCACAGCUAAAAACAGAAGGCUGCUAUGGAGAAAAUAAAACAAUAAAAGCACCACAAAGUGUCACACUGUUGUUAGUGUAAACAUCAAGACACAUUUGUGAAAUUCAUAUUAGCUUGGGUCCUCUUAUUUUUUUCUUACUUUGUCAUUAGGUUUAGUGUUUUAAAAUGUACUAAUAUUGCUUUAACAGUCUGAUUACAAUCCUUUAAACUAGUUUCUUUCUUAGUUAGUAAUAUUAAUGUAUAUUUUUUACACAAUAUCACAAAUUCUGCAUGUAGUAUUAUUGUUUAAUUUUACAGUUUUAAGAAAAUGUCAUAUUUUGCCCACUUCUUAGCUGGUUAAUUCCUGAGCUCCACCUCACUGUCAUUAUAUCUUUUAAGGGGUUUUGAA